AAUAAAAAAAAAAAAUACGUUUCAAAUAUUUUAUAAGUGGUACCUAUCACAUACAUUUGAUGAAAAUCGACGUGUGACAAUUGGAUAUGUUCCCUUGCGAGGUCGGUCAAACGAUAAGGUGUAAACGACAACAGAAAGUAAGUUAUCGACCGAGUGAGGGGUAAGCUGCCAGGUUACCAAAGGGUUGGAUUUACGAAGGGGUUGCAGGCAGCACUGUCAGGAGCAAACCAUGGGACUGGGCGACCGGGAAGCCGGGAACGGGAAGGUGAUAGGGGAUGCGAGGAGGCAGUGGUCGUCAGUCGGAAGAGAGAGGCGUGGGGCGAGGUUGUUGCGGGUGAACUCGUGGGGAGAAGGAGAGGCCGAGGGCGAGGGUGAGGGCGAGGGUGUCUGUACGUACACCGAGAGAGAAUCGAUCUAAAACUAGGAGUCGCCGCAGUAACCGCUGGGAGGAAGCCACUGUUACAAUUUGCCCCCAUAUGCGCUAGUGAAAUCUUAGAUCGGGUAAUUGUACGGCGAGGGCAGCUGGAAUGAGGUGUUCCCGCGAGGAGGUGGUCGCUCGCGUACGACCCGCGCGUUUACAUGAGCCUCGCCAAUGCUGAUAGCACCUGGGAUUACACGAAGAGUGCUGGGAAGAUUCGGGGAACCGGACAAGAAGAGGAGAGACAGGGAGAUUGUUGGGACAUCGGUGAGAAGAGGAUAAGGGUACACGGUGUCGCAUCGGAAGGUGUUUGUGCAUGGGACGGGCAGAGGAUCGCCGAUAGGAGCCAAAAGGGAAGAAACGGGAGGAGGAAGAGGCGCACCGUGAAAAGAGAGGGAAGCACGGGAACGGGUGCAGGGGAAGGGACACGGGAAUACCGAGAGCGCGAGCAAGGGUGGGCGGAUAGUAGUGCACGAGAGCAUCCGUGAUAAUGCGACGUGCGGCUUCUUUGCUCGUUCCUUUUGAAUAAGUGCUCGCUGGGACGGUCCCUUACCUGCAGGGAUAUGACGUAAUGGCAAGAGAGGAGUUACGGAGCAAGAGACCUUUUAAGAUAUGGGACAGCUGGCGUAACGUAAGAAAGGGACUGGUUGUUAGCAAUUUCGAGGAACUGAUACACCGGGGCAAGGAGAAGUUGGGCGUGCCACAAAACGAAAAUGUCUCUCUAGUGUUGGAGUCGGACGGAACACAAGUCGAGGACGGAGAAUACUUCAAGACCCUAGCGAACAAUACGAUCCUGCUGUUGCUGCGGCAUGGUGAACGCUGGUGUCCAACAGGAGUCGACAUCAUACGCGCCGCGAUUUCAGCCAUACCGAAAAUAGUUUGCGAAACGAUCCACGCCCUGGAGCUGCACGAUGAAACGCCGUCGUGGAAGAUCAUGGACAAUAAGGGACGAGUCACCGUGGUGCUCCACUGGGAUCAGCGUUCGUCCACGUCGUCGCAGGUGCAGCAACAACAGAAGGGUCCGGACGCCCAGAGCUCCAAGUAUUCGCCCACAAAGAAAGCCGAUCUGAGCGGAUCCCAGCGGCCGUCGUUGGUGAUACAGACCAGCCUGGACAAGUUCAACUACAGGGAGAAAUCGGGUCACUUGGCGGCGGAGAUCGGUCCCAGUCGCUACACCAGCCCCCAAAUCACUGUGAUAAAUCAUGACGACAUGCAGCAGCAGUCGCAGCCGCCGCAGCCGCAGCCCCACGGGAUCUCCGGCCGCCUGGUCAAGCAGAGCACCAACUCGUUCGACAGCACCACCAUCCAUAUCCAUACGCCGGAGUGCUCGAACCACAUCCAUCAGCCGGUGGUGCGUAACGGGAGUCCUGUAAACGGGGCGGACGGUGGUGCCAGCGGGGAAUGCGACUUCCACUGCUGCGCCCUCCACGAGGAGGGACGCAGAAUCGCCGUGCACAAAUCCGUGGCCACCUCGCCGAUCCAGGACGCUCAGCAUCAACAGUAUCAGCAACAGCAGCAGCAACAGCAACAGCAACAGCAACAGCAACAGCAACAGCAACAGCAACAGCAACAGCAUCAUCAUCAGCAUCAUCAACAGCAACAGACCCAGACUCAGACCCCGUCUCCUCAGCCGCCGUCCUCGUUGUCGGAUGGCACGAGACGGCCCGGUCUGGCCAAGGGUCACGUCAGAUUCUGCGAUACCGCCGACGAGGAAUCCAGCCCGCGGUUGGCUGGAAACUCGACCGGCGGGUUUCACCUUCAUCAUCAUUACAAUCAUCAUCAGGAGCACGAUAGCUCCGAGUCGGAGACCGAGAACACGAUCAUGGAGGACGAGAUCGUCACCUCGGAGAAGUUUUUACUGCUCAUAGAUCAGCUCACCGUAGACCAGAAGCAUUUAAGCAUCAAGGACAUCGGUAUCAUCCUCGAACGGCUCAGCUCAAAGAUUCUCGACGUCGAGCGUCUCGAUCGCGAGAGCGAGAGCGAGGAGUGUUACAACUGGACGAUCAAGGCGAUCAUCAGGGGCGACGUAUUGAGGGAGUUGGGGAUCAUUUACAACGGGAAUUUCUAUGCGAUCUCCGAACAUCCCGGCUACAAGGAGGAGUCUGAGGAAAAUAACGAGGAUAACGAGGAGGAGGAGGAGGAGGAUAGACUUUAAUAUGAUGCUGUUUUACUAGAUAGAUAGUUAGAUCGAUAGAUAGAUAGAUAGGUAGAUAGAUAGAUAGAUAGGUAGAUAGAUAGAUUAUACACCUAUUAAUGAUUAUUAUUAAAUAUAGUACGUAACGAGCUGUUAGCUGAUUGGUGGUGGGCGGUGGGGGGUGGGGGAUUCGAGAAUAGCGUUAAAAAAACUUAUGGGGGGGGGGGGGAGGUCAAGAGGGCGAGAGGGUGGAUACACCGGGAAACUGGUAGACGACUGGCGAAACGUGAUUUUUUUCAAAAUGUUUUCAUAAUAAAACAAAGGAACGCGUCACGAUAAAAGGAUUUAAAAAAAAAAAACAGAUCAUACGAUACCUUAUAAACUUAGUUCUAAAGACGGUUGUUGAAAUAUGUACUUAUUAAAUAGUAUGUAUACUUGUAGGAAACGUUUUUGGGAUUACGGACGUUCAGUUCGUAACCGUCCACAACACUGCCCUAUCUAAAAAACAAAAAAUGAAAAAAAAAGAAAAUAAACGACGAGAACGAGAGAGAGAGAGAAAGAGAGAGAGAGAGAGAGAGAAAGAGAAAGACAGAAAGAGAGCGAGUUCUGGUCUCUCUACAAGCAAUCCCGCGAGUCCUCGCGAGGAUCGAGCGGAAGAAACUGCCAAAACCUCGUCCCCGAGGAGAACCCGAAGAGACGAAAAAGGAAACCGAAUGAAGAGGAGCAUUCCCGUGGCACCCAUCGUGGAUCGCCGACGCGGAUUCUUUCAUCGUGUUGUAAGAGUCCUUGGUCGUCCGAGUCGGGCAUUUUUUACUUGUAGCUGUUCUCGUUUUCCUUCGAAAUGUUCUCAGCGACGAAGUAAACAUUUUCUUUUAACGAAUUUCAUUGAUUUUCGCCCGACUCUCGUCACGCGUCAUGCCGUACUGCACUCUAGACUCGGUUAGGGGAAUUCGUGCCAAAGCAGGGGAAUACCGUUACCCCUUCUGCUUGUUCUGGGUCAUGCGCAAGAUCUAGGUAGAUUCGCGGCGUGGUUGCGCAGGCGCCAAAUAAAUAGUUACAUGGCGCGAAUACGCAUAAAUCAUUGCGUCGCUGACCGCGCUACAAGCUUAGAAAAUGUCGGACCAUUACGUUAUAGUAUUUUAAGUUUAUCAUAGUAUAAUUAUUAUUUAUAAAAUACAUAUUAUCGCGUGUCACUACAUAAUUUAUUAAAACGACGUUACGCUCAAAUACAUGUAUGUAUAUUCGGCGUUUUGCCCGAAUUGAUAUUCAAACGAGAGGGAAAAGUGUUGGCGGCACACUAGCCGUGUAUUCUUCUAAUUUGGCACGAUUACUGCAACCGUACAUGGGUAAAAACCUCGUCGAACACCCGUUAUACGCGUAUAUACACACGCACGCACGCACGCAUGCACGCACGCGCGCGCGUAUUUAUACGUACGUACACAGAGAUAUACGUAUGCUUGCACGGUGUACAGACCGCGUAGGAUCGUUCAGAAUUUACGUUAGCGAACACGCUAUACCAUAAGUGAUAUACCGAUACAUACAUAAAGAAACUUUGCAAUUUUAAUAUAUUUCUAUUGUAAGUAUACUUCACACUGCGAAUCGAGGACACGAUAAAAACUAUAUAUGUAUGUUAGCGGUAACAACGUCGUGCAAAUGAGAACACACUUUAUACAUAACGAUAUUAAAUAUAUAUAUACAUAUAUAUAUAUAUAAAAUUAUAAAUUACGCUUCGUACAGGACUCGGUGGUCAGAGAUUGUUUGCAUCGGAGAUGAGGCAAAAUUUUAUUCGCAGAAUGAGUCUGUCGAUGGACUCUAACAAUUCAAUAAAAAAUGUAAUUAAUUGGCCGCAUAUAUCUUCUGUGUACUUUAAAUUUAAAUCCAUGAUAUCGAUAGCACGAUGGAAUCGUGUAAGAGAUUAUAAAUGUGGAUAAUACGGAUUCAGAGCCAAGGUUACAAAAGAAUAAUUCGAUUUUGUCUCUUGAAAAAGUUGUGAUCGAAGAAUCUACGUUAAAUUGGUUUUGUUUUGUUAGUUAAGAACGCGCAGUCCUGGUUGUAUUAAAAUUUCAGUGGACGACGACCAGUACUCUGCGUGUGCCACGGGGUCCCUGUUUUUCGGUCAGUGACGCUCGUAUUCUCACGACAUAAAGCGUGAAUUAUUUCAACGCACGGCUGAAUGAGAGCUCAAAGUUGCUUCCCAAGGUUUUAUUCGAGGGACAACGGGUGAAAGGUUGUUCAUCUUUUAUCGUUUACGUCAAUUGUUUACUCGAAUAAGAAUUUUCCUCGUCUCUAGUGCUUCUCUUCGAGAGAAGAGAGAAAUAGGAAGGAUUGAGUGCACGCGCGUGCGAAUGCGUGGCUGGCUGAGCGAAUGUUGCGACUUUUUCAUUAUCUUCUUCUUCCUUUUAAACAAUUUAGCGGUACGAAGUGUGUUCGCGAACAGCUUCGACGUUUCCACCGUGAUGGAAAACCAGUUUAUAGGUUUUCUCGCAAUCGUAGUGCCAUCUUAACACAAAAAAAACAUGAAUAAAUAAUUAAAAGUGAUCGAACAGCGGAAUAAAUAAAAGAUGAAUGAGUAAAAUAAAUAAUAAUAAUAAUAAUAAUAAUAAUAAUAAUAAUAAUAAUAAUAA